CUCGCCGUUCGGCCCGUGCCGCGCCCGCGCCCCCAGGCUCCGGGUUUUCUUAAAUGUUUUCUUGGAGUCUUAAAAAUGGAGAUGACAGAAACGACUGGCGUGUCUCUGAAACGUGGGUCCCUGGCUGUGGAAGAUAAUGACAGUGUGGCCUCAGCUGAGGAGGCAAAAAGACAGAAGGUCUCUGAAUGCUGCCUGACCGCAGGUCAAGACUGGCGAGAGAAUGACUCUCUACCCAGAAGUGACAAGGUACCCGGGGCACCUGAAGCUAUAAGUGCAGGAGAGGGUCAGAAGAAUUCUGAUGCUCAGUUGGAAGAAGAGGAGGAAGAUGGCCUUUCCGAGGAAGGUGAAGAGGAGGAGGAAGUUGAAAGUUUUGCUGAUAUGAUGAAGCAUGGACUUACCGAGCUUGAUGUGGGCAUCACAAAGUUUGUAAGUUCUCAUCAAGGAUUCUCAGGAAUCUUAAAAGAAAGAUACUCUGACUUCGUUGUUCAUGAAAUAGGAAAAGAUGGACAGAUCAGCCACUUGGAUGACUUGUCUGUCCCUGUGGAUGACGAGGAUCCUUCAGAAGAUGUAUUUACAGUUUUGACAGCUGAAGAAAAACAGCGUUUAGAAGAGCUCCAGCUUUUUAAAAAUAAGGAAACCAGUGUUGCCAUUGAGGUUGUUGAGGACACCAAAGAGAAAAGAACUGUCAUCCAUCAAGCUAUUAAAUCUCUAUUUCCGGGAUUAGAGACAAAAACAGAAGAUAGAGAAGGGAAGAAAUACAUUGUAGCCUACCAUGCAGCUGGAAAAAAGGCUUUGGCAAAUCCAAGAAAACAUUCUUGGCCAAAAUCUAGGGGAAGUUACUGCCACUUUAUACUGUACAAAGAAAAUAAAGACACCAUGGAUGCAAUUAAUGUCCUGUCCAAAUAUUUAAGAGUCAAGCCAAACAUAUUCUCCUACAUGGGAACCAAAGACAAAAGGGCCAUAACUGUUCAAGAGAUUGCUGUUCUCAAAAUAACUGCACAGAGACUUGCCCAUUUGAACAAAUGUUUGAUGAACUUCAAGCUUGGGAAUUUCAGCUAUCAGAAAAACCCUCUGAAAUUGGGAGAGCUUCAAGGGAAUCACUUCACUGUUGUUCUCAGAAAUAUAACAGGAACUGAUGACCAAGUGCAACAAGCCAUGAACUCUCUCAAGGAUAUUGGAUUUAUCAACUACUAUGGAAUGCAAAGGUUUGGAACUACAGCUGUCCCUACAUAUCAAGUUGGAAGAGCAAUACUACAAAAUUCCUGGGCUGAAGUCAUGGACUUAAUAUUGAAACCCCGUUCUGGAGCCGAAAAGGGGUACUUGGUUAAAUGCAGGGAAGAAUGGGCGAAGACCAAGGACCCAGCUGCUGCCCUCAGAAAGCUACCUGUCAAAAGGUGUGUGGAAGGGCAGCUGCUUCGAGGACUUUCAAAAUAUGGAAUGAAGAAUAUAGUCUCUGCAUUUGGCAUAAUACCAAGAAAUAAUCGCUUAAUGUAUAUUCAUAGCUAUCAAAGCUACGUGUGGAAUAACAUGGUGAGCAAGAGAAUAGAAGAGUAUGGGCUAAAACCUGUUCCAGGGGAUCUUGUACUUAAAGGAGCCACAGCCACCUAUAUUGAGGAAGAAGAUGUUAAUAAUUACUCCAUCCAUGAUGUGGUAAUGCCCUUGCCUGGUUUCGAUGUUAUCUAUCCAAAACAUAAAAUUAGUGAAGCCUACAGGGAAAUGCUCACAGCAGAUAAUCUUGAUAUUGACAACAUGAGACACAAAAUUCGAGAUUAUUCCUUAUCAGGAGCCUACCGGAAGAUCAUUAUUCGUCCUCAGAAUGUCAGCUGGGAAGUUGUUGCAUAUGAUGAUCCUAAAAUUCCACUCUUCAACACAGAUGUGGACAAUCUAGAAGGGAAACCGCCACCAGUUUUUGCUUCUGCAGAAGGCAAAUACAGAGCUCUGAAGAUGGAUUUUUCUCUUCCUCCUUCUACCUAUGCUACCAUGGCCAUUCGAGAAGUGCUAAAAAUGGAUACCAGCAUCAAGAACCAGACCCAGCUGAAUACCACCUGGCUGCGCUAAGUCCUGUGUCCACAGAUGAGAAAAUGCAAAGUGUUUGCUGGCUUUGUGCUCAUUAGACCAACAUGUGGAUUUUGGAUCUUUGUAGCAAAAGAUUAUUUGUAUUUUUUCAAGUUUUUAUUAGCUUAAAUAAUUUGCAAUGUUUAUACACAUAUACAAAUCCUGAGAAUCCUAAUUCUAGCUCAGAAAAUGUAAAUUGAUCAGAAUAUAUUUCAGGUGCUUAAAUCAUAGCAAAAUUUCAGCUUUACAGGCUUUAUAAUUAUAAAAAAAAAAAAGAGAGAGGGCCUCCCUGGUGGCAUAGUGGGUUGAGCACAGCGCUGUGAGGCUGUUCAAUUCCCAACUGGCCAGGGCGAUUCCCACAUGGCGUGGCAGACCUUCCUGUCUCGCCCACUGCUCCCCUCAGCAGUGUAUUUCAGUCCUUCUGCCUGUUCUGCUCCCUGCUCCAUCUCUGGUGAAGUCUCUCACCCUCCCACACCUCUGGCCUGUACCCCAGUGCUUGUAUAAAUAAAUAGAAAAAUCUUAAAAAAAAAUAGAUUUUUGGUUUAAAGUAUCAGUUUUAGGUUUUGCUAUAUUCUUGAAAGAUAACAGGAAUUUUUAAUGCAAUACACCACAGUGCAAUUUAAGAAAAAAUACUCCAAAAUAAAUGUGGGUAAAUAAUUAAAGCACCCCCACCAUGAAUAUAUAAAAACUGUAUUCUUGCUUAUUUAAAUGAUGAUAAAACAUCUAGAGGCUUAUAAACACAAAUGUGAUUAUCAUUAUCUAGCUCAUGUACCAGGUUCAGGUAAGUGUUUCUAGAUAUUUAGUUGUAAUAGCUUUUGCAUUUAUAUUAUCUUUGCCUUGCAAGAAAUCCACCUUGAUAGGGCCUUUUUUUCUUGAUGUAAACGUGUGCAGCUAUUUUUAUUAGCUAAGGUCUAAUUUUUACUCUACGUGCCUUUUAUGUUCAGAAAUCUUUCCACUGGACUGAUAUUUCCCCAAAAGUAAGUAAUAGUACAGAAGGAAACUUACAAGGGCUUCUCCCCUCUGCAGCAUUAGCCUUUGCCACUGAUUGCUUAGGUAGUUUCCAUUUCUGGCAUUGCAUAAAACUUUUCUCUGGUGUGAAUGGACAUAUAUGCCUUUCCAAGAGUAUGUGACUUAAUUGUACCAGUUUUUAUUUUCUAUAAUUUCUAGAACCAAAUAUAAUAAAUAUUUUCUAAAACUCCUAUCCGCUGAUUAUGUUAAUAAAUCAAACAAAUUCUAAAACUGAGUGUUAAUGAGAAUCUUGGCCCUGACUGAAUGCAAAAAACUAAGUGAUGAAAGGAUUCUCAGAAAAAGAUGUGUCAUGAUUGGGUAUGAGAUACCAUGAGGAUAAUACAAGAGUAAAGUGAUACGACCAACCAACCAGGUUAUACUGAAUUUAAGGUUAUUCUUCUAAUUGUACCAUUUACUUGCCUUCCAGUGUGCUCGCUGGAGUGGAAAGGAAAAGAAUGGAGAAAAAGCUACUUUACUAGGAAUAUCACACCAUGGGAGUGCGAGUGACAUUUGUCCUCAAUCUGGCAAUGGAAGCAAGAUUGAGAACUAUUUUUCAUCCUUGUCUUUUAGUGAUGUCUAUCACCCUGUGGAAGUUAGAAAAGAUUAGAAAUAUUGUAGUAAAUUCACCUUUUAGCUGACAGAUUUCUAAAGAAUCCUUUGUCCCACAAAGGCUAAAUUUAUUAAAUGAAUGAUAAUCUGCUGGUACUUUUCAGCAUUAGCAGGUUGUUCUCUUUCAUCAAAUUGAUGGUGGAGAGAGUAUUUUCUAAAGUAAUCUACUUGUGCUUAUUGCAAGUACAUCCAAUGGUUUUGCAUUUAUAAAUCUACAUUUUUUAAAAAAAAAAGGGGGGAGGCUAAAUUUAUGUUAUCUUCAUCUGGGAAUGAAGUUAGCUUGUUAAUAUAUGAUGAGUUCAUUUUCCUGCAUUAGCUAUCUACCAGAUUGUACAUAUCUCCUCUUAAACACCAGUGGGAGAGUACUGAUUAAAGGGGGUUUCUUAGAGUGGUUUUGAGACUCUAGGCACUUGCUCAACUUGUAAUACAUUAUUGCCUUAGCUUAGAAAUCAGGACAUUUGAUUGUUAACAAAAGGGGAAGUUCCUCUUAGGCAAAUUUGCACAGCCUGAAAGCAACUGCAACCUUAUCCUCAGCUUAUCUUGUUUCCUAAACUUUUGCCUAAAAGAAAUAAAGGCCUGUUGUUUUUAUUGUAAUGUAAAACCAGCACUAUUUACUAUGAAAAUGUAGCAAAAUAAUCAAACUUAUUCUGUUUUUAUUCAUGCUGUCAUGUUGUAGAUAAUAACUAGACUGCAUUAUCCUGAUAAAAAUAUGUCCUGGUUGAUUCCUGAACCAACCAAAAAAUUGGUAGCAGCAGAACAACAGUACUUAAAACUUCACCAGUUGUCCCAGGCAGUACAAAUUAGCAUAAAAUGGUAUUUGCACUGUAAUCUAUUUGAUGGCCAAUUUUGCACAAAAAAAUAAGAGGGUGGGAGUCUGUGCAUAAUACAAAAUUGUGUGUGAUAUGUAAAUUCUAGUUUGUACUAAUGUGUGUAUAUGUGGUAUUUUGAAAAGUAAAAACAGGCCAGGAGUGUAUACUUCGUAAUACAUGAAGAAGUGGAAGCACAGUGGAAGAACUACAAAGCUGAUAGCCAGGUAAUGACCUUCAUAAAUUGAAGAGUUUGCAUAGCAAGAAUACUUUAAGGUUUUUCUUUGUUCAGUGAAAUCUGCUUUUCCACAUUAUGGGACAACAUUCCUAUAAGAUAAAACAUCUCAGUUUUGUAUCAUGGACUUCUUGGAAAAUCUGAGGAAAAAGUGUGAACACUGUUUCUAGGAGAAGGAGGGGGUCGGAGGGUGGCUCCAGUACAUUCAGAUGACCCCUGAUCUGAAUAAGUACUUUCCAGACUUUAAUGUUCCUAGGAAUCACCUGGUGCUCUUCCUUCACUGAGAAUGUAUUUCAGAAAGUCCAGAUGCAGUUGGAAAUCUUGAGGGUCUAACACUUGCAGAAAACACCUGUGCUUCUGGCCAGCUCUGAUGCCCUGUACUGAAGCCGCUAGUCACAUGGGGUUAAUUUAAAGUGUUCAUGGUAUCUACAGUUCCGUAUUGCGUAUUUAUAAGUUGCUAAGAAAAUAAACCUGUAAGUUCUCAUCAGGAGAAAAAAAAUUGUUUAAUGUUUUAGUUGAUGUAACAUUGGUUUACAACACUGUGUAUGAUACAGAGACGCAGAAUCACAUCUGGUAUAUGUUACCAAACCACACCACACCUACCACCAAGGAAGCCAUAGUAAAAAAAAAAUGUAACUGUAUUAACAAAUAUUGUCUAAACUUACUAUGAUCAUUUCUUGAUAUGUACAAAUAACAUUAUUAUGUUAUACACCUGAAACUAGAAUGUUAUAUGUCAGAUUUAGCUCAGAAAAAAAUCUGGGGUAAAUUCUAUUCUAGCCACGCAGCAACUGCUCCAUAACCAUAUAUGUGACUAGUGGUUCCUGUAUUGGACUGUAUUGGACAAAUCAGUCAACCAAGAGAGAGGAGUCUACUUUGAUCAGAUGUGGCACCCAGUGAUGCUAAUGAUUAAAGACAAACAAUAUAUGUUGGGUAUGUGUGAGUGGGGUUACAUUGCAAUUAUAUCCAGGGCUGGUGUUGAUUUAAGAGUUCCCUCUUAAACUUGCAUCCAUGCUUCUCAAUUUCUGGCUUUCUCCAGCAUCACCUAUAAUUCUUUUUCUCUCUUUUCUGCCAUUGUUUUUAGCUAGAUAUAUUGUCCCAAGGUUUCGUCACACUCUUAAAGCUCUGUGACCAUCUUGCUGCAUAUGGGAAGUUUAUCCACCAGAUUAACUGCUGUAAUUAAAUCUUUCCUCCUCUUCUGGCAUGUACUAUCACUUCUUAUGAAAGCAGCAGCUGCAAAAAGCAAGAAUGGUUAAGAGGCGCCAUAUGAUGUUGUCUUAUAGGAAUACAGUAUUGUCUUUGUGUUACAACUUUUCCACCAGUGCUCAAGACUCUAGAAGGGAGUGAAAGAGAUGGUAACAAGGUACAGUGGGAGAGUCUAGUGAAUAUUUACUGUUCCCUCAAAAACUAUAUUUUUCUCUAGAGCAGGUCAAUCCAAUAGGAAUAUAAUGUGAAUUACAUA